AUGCAGUGGCUCCUGGGCUGUGGAUUUUUUCUGUUCCCCGGUGCCUCCUUCUCUCUGAGAGCACGCUACAAACCCCAGCACGUGUUCUUUGGCAUCGCCCUCUUCAUCCUGUCCCUCACCUCCUGCUUGCUGGGCAUCACUGAAAUGCUCCUCUUCAAAAUCAGUGAUUCCUACAGCCACUUUGUGCCCGAGGGCGUGCUGGCCAACACCCUGGGAGUGCUGCUGGUGGCCUUCGGGCUGCUGGUGGCCUAUGUGGUGACACGAGAGGAGUGGCGGCGCCCGCCGCUGGCCGAGGAGCUGGCCCUGUCCAUGGACUUCAAAACCCUGACGGAGGGAGAGAGCCCCAGUGGUGGCAGCCAGUGACAUCCCCAGCUCCUGGUGAUGUCUGCAACGUUCCUGUGCACCGUCCUUGGUGGUCUGAAUCUGCCCAGCCCAGGGUGAUGGGGACAGAUAGGGACGCUUGGUGCCACGCUGCMCGCUGGAUUCAGCCUCGCUUGGCCUUCAUCAUCCUCAGCUCAGCCCUGCCCAGCCCCUGGUGACCCCUGAGUGCUGUCAGGGGCAUGAAGGAGAGGGCUCUGCCUGCUCUUGGGACAACCAAAGCUCACAGGCAUUCCCAGUUUCCACUGGGAUGUGCCACUCACGAGCAGCCCCUUCCCCAAAGGGCUCCGGGGGGUUCAGACCCCACACCUGAGCAGGUUCAGCAGCUUUAUGCCUCAAAUGUUUUCUCCCCAUGCAUGAUGUGUUUGCUCAGUGGAUGCUCCCAGCCUAAUAAAUGUUU